UUGCGGAGGAUGUGGGGCAGCGGUCGGCUGGCGGGUUCUGGUGGCGGGGCGGCCGUGACCGUGGCCUUCACCAACGCGCGCGACUGCUUCCUUCACUUGCCGCGGCGCCUAGUGGCCCAGCUGCACUUGCUCCAGAAUCAAGCUAUAGAAGUCGCCUGGGGUCACCAGCCUGCAUUCUUGAGCUGGGUGGAAGGCAGACAUUUUAGUGAUGGAGGUGAAAAUGUGGCUGAAAUUAACAGACAAGUUGGUCAGAAACUUGGACUCUUAAAUGGGGCCCAGGUGUUUCUCAAGCCUUGUUCCCAUGUGGUGUCUUGUCAGCAAGUUGAGGUGGAACCCCUUUCAGCAGAUGAUUGGGAGAUACUGGAGCUGCAUGCUGCUUCUCUUGAACAGCACCUUCUAGAUCAGAUUCGAAUAGUUUUUCCAAAAGCCAUGUUUCCGGUCUGGGUUGAUCAGCAGACUUACAUAUUUAUCCAGAUUGCUGCGCUGAUACCAGAUGCUCCUUAUGGAAGGCUGGAAACCGACAGCAGACUCCUGAUUCAGCCAAAGACCCGCCAAGCCAAAGAGAGUACAUUUUCAGAAGCAGAGGAUAUACCUGGGAAAUUUCAUUAUUAUGGAAGAGACCAAAAAGGAUUGACAAAAGAACUUCAAACCAAGCAACUUCAAUCAAAUACUGUAGGAGUCGCUGGGUCUAAAGAAAGAGAAUCAGAGAGUAGAAUUGACUCAUCAUUUAUCCCAAGCUUAUGGACUAUGAUAGGAAGCAUUUUUUCUUCUGGGUCUGAGAAGAAACGAGACACAUCCUGGGGGUUAACUGAAGUCAAUGCUUUCAAAAACAUGCAGUCAGCAGCUGUUCCUCUGGACAAUAUUUUCAGAGUAUGCAAAUCCCAGCCUCCCAGCAUGUGUAAGGCAUCAGCAACUUCUGUGUUUCACAAACAUUAUGCCAUUCAUGUAUUUCCAUGGGACCAGGAAUAUUUUGAUGUGGAGCCCAGCUUCACUGUGACCUAUGGAAAGCUAGUGAAACUGCUUUCUCCAAAGCAACAGCAAAGUAGAACAAAAGCACCUGAAAAAGAGAAGCAGAUGUCAGAGCCUCUAGAUCAAAAACAGGUUAGCCCAGACCAUAGUCACAAAGCUGGCAAGGCCUGUGUGCUAAAGGUAGUCUGGAAUGGACUUGAGGAACUGAAGAAUGCCAUUAAAUACACCAAAAACUUAGACGUGCUUCAUCUUGGGAAAGUCUGGAUUCCAGAUAACCUGAGAAAGAGACUAAAUAUAGAAAUGCAUGCAGUCGUCAGAAUAACUCCAGUGGAAAUUACCCCUAACAUUCCAAGAUCUCUAAAACUACAACCUACAGAAAGCUUAUCUGAAGACGUAAGUGAAGAAGACAUAAAAGCUGUGUUCUACUCAUGGCUGCAGCAGUCUGCCACUACCACAAUUCCUCUCAUAGUAUCAGAGGAGGAGUACAUUAAACUGGAAAUGAAAGAUGGGGUGAAGGAGUUUUCUCUGAAUAUAGUUCAUUCUUGGGAAAAGGAAAAAGAAAAAAAUAUUUUUUUAUUGAGUACCAAUCUGCUGCAGAAGAUGACAAUACAAGUCCUUCUAGAUCCUAUGGUAAAAGAAGAAAACAGUGAGGAAAUUGACUUUAUUCUUCCUUUUUUAAAGCUGAACUGCUUGGGAGGAGUGAAUUCCUUAGGCGUCUCCUCCAUGGAGCACAUCACUCAUAGCCUCCUGGGGCGCCCUUUGUCUCGGCAACUGGUGUCCCUUGUGGCAGGACUUAGAAAUGGAGCCCUUUUACUCACGGGAGGGAAGGGAAGUGGAAAAUCAACUUUAGCAAAGGCAAUCUGUAAAGAAGCAUUUGACAUAUUGGAUGCCCAUGUGGAAAUAAUUGACUGUAAAGCUUUACGAGGAAAAAGGCUUGAAAACAUACAGAAGACCCUAGCAGCAGCUUUCUCGGAGGCGCUGUGGCGGCAGCCUUCCGUUGUUCUGCUGGACAACCUGGACCUUGUCGUUGGGCGCUCUGCUCUCCCGGAACACGAGCGCAGUCCGGAGGCCGUUCAGAGCCAGCGGCUCGCCCACGGUUUGAACGAUGUGGUGAAAGAAUUUAUUUCCAUGGGAAGUUUGGUUGCGCUGAUUGCUACAAGCCAGUCACAACAUUCUCUACAUCCUUUACUUGUUUCUGCUCAAGGAAUUCACUUAUUUCAGUGUGUCCAGCAUAUUCAACCUCCUGACCAGGAUCAAAGAUGUGAAAUUCUGCAUGCUAUAAUAAAAAAUAAACUGGACUGUGACAUGAAGAGGUUCACCGGUCUUGAUCUGCAGCGUAUAGCUAAAGAAACUGAAGGGUUUGUGGCUAGAGAUUUUACCAUGCUUGUGGAUCGAGCCAUACAUUCUCACCUCUCUCAUCAGAAUGUGUACACCAGGGAAGAAUUAGUUUUAACAACAUUGGACUUCCAAAAGGCGCUCCGAGGAUUUACUCCUGUGUCUCUGCGAAAUGUCAACCUGCAUAAACCUAGGGACCUGGGCUGGGAUAGGAUCGGUGGACUGCAUGACGUUCGGCAGAUACUAGUGGAUACUAUCCAGUUACCAGCCAAGUACCCGGAACUAUUUGCCAACUUGCCCAUACGACAGAGGACAGGAGUACUGUUGUAUGGUCCUCCUGGAACAGGAAAAACCUUACUAGCUGGAGUAAUUGCACGGGAAAGUGGAAUGAAUUUUAUUAGUGUCAAGGGACCAGAGUUACUCAGCAAAUAUAUUGGAGCAAGUGAACAAGCUGUCCGGGAUGUUUUUACUAGAGCACAGGCCGCAAAGCCCUGCAUCCUUUUCUUUGAUGAGUUUGAAUCCAUUGCCCCUCGACGUGGCCAUGAUAACACAGGGGUUACAGAUCGUGUGGUUAACCAGUUGCUGACUCAGCUGGAUGGAGUCGAAGGCUUGCAGGGUGUUUAUGUGCUGGCUGCUACUAGUCGCCCUGACUUGAUCGACCCUGCCCUGCUCAGGCCCGGCCGACUAGAUAAAUGUGUAUACUGUCCUCCUCCUGACCAGGCGUCACGUCUUGAAAUCUUAAACGUGCUCAGUGAGUCUCUACCUCUGGCAGAUGAUGUGGACCUUCAGCACGUGGCCUCGGUGACCGACUCCUUUACGGGAGCUGAUCUGAAAGCGCUCCUUUACAGCGCCCAGUUAGAGGCCCUGCACGGAAGACUGCUGUCCUGCGGGCUCCAAGAUGGAGGUUCCAGCUCUGAUAGUGACCUGAGUCUGUCUUCGAUGGUUUUUCUUAACCACAGCAGUGGUUCUGAUGAUUCAGCUGGAGACGGGGAGUGUGGCUUAGAGCAGUCCCUGCUUUCUCUGGAGAUGUCUGAGGUGCUUCAAGAUGAAUCCAAGUUCAAUAUGUACCGGCUCUACUUUGGAAGCUCUUACGAAUCAGAACUUGGAAAUGGAACCUCUUCUGAUUUGAGCUCACAAUGCCUGUCAGCACCAAGCUCCAUGACUCAGGAGUUUCCCGGAGCUCCUGGGAAAGAUCAGUCACUACGACCUCCAUUGUUCAGAACGGCCUCCCAAGAGGGUUACCAAGAACUCACACAGGAGCAGAGAGAUCAACUGAGGGCAGAUAUCAGCAUCAUCAAAGGCAGAUAUCGGAGCCAAACUGGAGAGGAUGAUGCCCUUAACCCACCAGGACCCAUCAGAACCAGUUUGGCUAUUAGCCAGUCACAUUUAAUGACUGCGCUCAGUCAUACUCGGCCGUCCAUCAGUGAAGAUGACUGGAAGACCUUUGCUGAGUUGUCCCCAAGAUACCCUGAAGUCCCUAUACCUGCCAGGAAAUGACCUUCCUAAACUCAUCUGGAAAGGUUACUGGGAACUCUGAAAAAAAGGUAUGAAAGCUUUCAAAAUCCAAAGAAGAGAAAAAAUCAAAGUGGAACAGUGUUUCGACCUGGACAGAAAGUAACCCUGGCAUAAACUAUGCUUCUGAUUCUGCGUGUGUGUGUGUGUGGUGUUUGUCCCUGUGUUGUAACACUGAAAAUGAUGUCUGUACAUGUCUUUUUAAUUUAACUUGUUAAUCUAUAAAAACAAAGAUUGGUAAACCUGUUAUCUAAUGAUCAGGAUUAUUUGACAGUAAUACUUUAAAAUAGAGAUAUUUAUAAUAUCUAUUAUAAAUAGAUUCUGUAUUUCCUAUAUAUAUGCAAAUUCUUACUGAAAUAAUAUUGGCCACAUGGAAUAACUGAUUUUUUUCUCCUUUGAAGAAGAGAGAAUGUAAUUAAAUACAUUUCUUAGAAUUCACGGUUGCAUAUUCAACAUCUUUCAUUUGAUAACUUUUAUGCUUAGCACCUUGAUUAUUUUGGAAAUAAAAAAUUCAGUUAUCUACUGA